UUUUUUUACACAGACGGAGAAACAUUCUUAGCUAGGUUACUGUCAGUGUACGUACAGGAUACCCCUGACCGAGCGACCCGAGCGCAGAGAGUGGUUACAUCUGGGUAAAAAUCCUUUUUGUUUUUUUUUCGUUUGAGGUAAACUAUAGUGAGUACUCAGGUUUUGCUGACAUGGUAGAUUAUCACGCCGCAAAUAAUCAAGCCCAGUAUUCUGCUGGCGGGCCACCGAGCUAUAUGGAACAAGAAAAUGACUGGGACCGGGACCUACUUCUCGAUCCGGCCUGGGAGAAACAGCAGAGAAAGACGUUCACUGCAUGGUGUAACUCCCACCUGAGGAAAGCCGGAACACAGAUUGAGAACAUCGAGGAGGACUUUCGGGAUGGCCUCAAACUCAUGCUCCUACUGGAGGUCAUAUCUGGGGAGAGGUUACCCAAGCCGGAGAGAGGUAAGAUGAGAGUCCACAAGAUCAACAAUGUCAACAAAGCCCUGGAUUUCAUCGCCAGCAAAGGAGUCAAACUGGUGUCCAUCGGAGCUGAAGAAAUUGUGGAUGGAAACGUGAAGAUGACUCUGGGAAUGAUCUGGACCAUAAUCCUGCGCUUUGCCAUUCAGGACAUCUCUGUGGAGGAGACCUCUGCUAAGGAGGGUUUGCUUCUGUGGUGCCAGAGGAAGACCGCGCCCUAUAAGAAUGUCAACGUGCAGAACUUCCACAUCAGCUGGAAGGAUGGUCUCGCCUUCAACGCUCUCAUCCACAGACACAGGCCUGAGCUCAUUGAUUAUGACAAGCUGAGAAAGGAUGAUCCUGUCACCAACCUGAACAACGCCUUUGAAGUGGCAGAGAAAUACCUGGACAUCCCCAAGAUGCUGGAUGCAGAAGACAUUGUAAACACUGCCCGUCCGGAUGAGAAAGCCAUAAUGACCUAUGUGUCCAGUUUCUACCAUGCCUUUUCUGGAGCACAGAAGGCUGAGACAGCCGCCAAUAGGAUCUGCAAAGUGCUUGCUGUCAACCAGGAGAACGAGCAUCUUAUGGAGGACUAUGAGAAACUGGCUAGUGAUCUGCUGGAGUGGAUUCGCAGAACCAUCCCCUGGCUGGAGAACCGCGCGCCGGAGAAGACGAUGGCAGAAAUGCAGCAGAAGCUGGAGGACUUCAGGGAUUACCGACGCGUCCACAAGCCGCCCAAAGUCCAGGAGAAAUGUCAGCUGGAGAUCAACUUCAACACGCUGCAGACCAAACUGCGGCUCAGCAACAGACCUGCCUUCAUGCCCUCAGAGGGGCGCAUGGUGUCGGACAUUAAUGGGGCGUGGCAUAACCUGGAGGGGGCGGAGAAAGGUUAUGAGGAGUGGCUCCUGAAUGAGAUCCGCCGGCUGGAGAGACUGGACCACCUGGCAGAGAAGUUCCGACAGAAAGCCGCCAUUCACGAGUCCUGGACCGACGGUAAGGAAGCCAUGCUGACACAAAAGGACUACGAAACUGCCUCUCUGUCUGAGGUAAAGGCGUUGCUACGGAAACACGAGGCCUUUGAGAGCGACCUCGCGGCUCACCAGGACCGCGUGGAGCAGAUUGCUGCGAUAGCACAGGAGUUAAAUGAGCUGGAUUACUAUGACUCACCCAGUGUGAACGCUCGCUGUCAGAAGAUCUGUGAACAGUGGGAUACUCUGGGAUCACUCACACAGAGCCGCAGGGAAUCGCUGGAGAGGACAGAGAAGCAGUUGGAGUCGAUCGAUGAGCUGUACCUGGAGUACGCCAAAAGGGCUGCGCCAUUCAACAACUGGAUGGAGGGAGCCAUGGAGGACCUGCAGGACAUGUUCAUCGUGCACAACAUCGAGGAGAUCCAGGGUCUGAUCACAGCCCAUGAGCAGUUUAAAUCCACUCUCCCUGAGGCAGAUAAAGAGAGAGAGGCUAUCCAGGCCAUCCAGGCUGAGGUACAGAAAAUCGCCCAAUACAACGGCAUCAAGCUGAGUGGCACCAACCCCUACACCACCAUCACACCACAGAGCAUCAACAGCAAGUGGGAACAGGUGCAGCAGCUGGUGCCUCAGCGUGAUCAGGCUUUGCAGGAGGAGCUGAGCAAACAGCAGUCCAACGACCACCUCAGACGCCAGUUUGCCUCACAGGCCAACAUGGUCGGGCCCUGGAUCCAGAAUAAGAUGGAGGAGAUUGGGCGGAUAUCCAUUGAGAUGAACGGGACACUGGAGGACCAGCUGACUCACCUGCGUCAGUAUGAGCAGAGCAUCAUUGAGUACAAACCCAACAUUGACCAGCUGGAGGGAGAUCACCAGCUCAUCCAGGAGGCUCUCAUCUUCGACAACAAAUACACCACCUACACCAUGGAGCAUCUGCGUGUAGGCUGGGAGCAGCUCCUCACCACCAUCGCUCGCACCAUUAACGAAAUCGAGAAUCAGAUCCUGACGCGUGACGCCAAGGGCAUCAGCCAGGAGCAGCUGCAUGAGUACCGCGCCUCCUUCAACCACUUCGACAAGGACCAUACUGGGUCUUUGGUGGCAGAGGAGUUCAAGGCGUGUCUUAUCAGUCUGGGCUACGACGUGGAGAACGACAAGCAGAAGCGCACAGGGAUAAUGGACACGGAUGAUUUCCGGGCCUUGCUCAUUUCCACUGGGAACAGCCUGGGUGACGCGGAGUUUGCCCGUAUCAUGGGCAUCGUUGACCCCAACAACACGGGAGCGGUGACCUUCCAGGCUUUCAUUGAUUUUAUGUCACGAGAGACCACGGACACAGACACUGCUGACCAGGUCAUCGCCUCCUUCAAGAUUCUGGCCGGAGACAAAAACUAUAUAACGGCGGAGGAGUUGCGGAGGGAGCUGCCCCCUGACCAGGCAGAGUACUGCAUCGCCCGCAUGGCCCCGUACACAGGGCCGGACGCCGCGCCUGGAGCCCUGGACUACAUGUCCUUCUCCACCGCCCUCUACGGAGAGAGCGACCUCUAA